UAAACUCACCUCGGAGUUGGGGCAGCACGAAGAUUUUCCAGAGCUCGUUGAACCAAGACGAUUUGGAGUCGGUUUGUGAGUACAAGGAACUCUCCUACUCCCGGUUCGACUCUCGAACAACGCACUACACAUCUUCUCACCCCUUUACCCACUUCGCCGUCUCCUCGAAGUGCGCGUUUCCAGCCUUGUCACGGUCACCUUCGUGGAAGCAGGAGUCAUAUGGAACUUGAAAACGGUGAAUGUUGCAUCAUUGCAUGGGGAGGGCAAGUCAAAACGUACCCCAAAUCAAGCGUGAAUUCAGCGGGCAGUGAGCACCUCAGCAUAAAAGCCGCAUGGUGCAGCCGCGAGCAUCUUAGACCUCGUGUCGGGCGAAAGGGAUGAGGAGGCUGCCGUUCUUGAGUUAGAAAAUUCCUCACCGUCUCAGGAGUCAGAGGGAUCGCACUUAAAGUUACUGGAAGCAAAUGACAUGAGAAGAGUAUGGGCCCAGAGGAUAAGUACGACCAACAUCGGUCUCGAUGCGAGUCGUCAAACACAGACCCCCCACAGAAGGGAAUCCUUGGGGUUGGUUAUGAGCCACAGCGAGCGCCGCGGUCCUCCUUCAAGUGUUGAUCAAACUAUGAAUCGUGCUAGAAGACGUGGGAUGCUUGAAGUGACAUUGUGGUGAAUUGUACGGGAUUGGGCUGACAGCGAAGCGACUGGAAAGGACAAGGAUUAGGAAGGGCAUGCGAACAGGUAGUCGGUAUUAAAAGUACGUGGCGCUGGAAGUGAUAUGGACUCGGAGUGCCUACGGCAGCUGCCAUAUGAAACGACGGCUGGAGUUGAGUUGGGUAGCGGUGCCAUGUCAGCGGUUUGUUUAUGUUGCGUCCCGGGGGUCGAACAGGCACGCGCCUUUUGGAUGAGAAUACUGGUCGGUUUCCAAACCCUUGUCAGCCUGUACCGAAAACCCAGUAUCAAAACGGAAGAAUUUGAAGUCGAGGGAUGUCAUGGCACGAACCUUCAAGUUGAAAUCCUUCCCAAGUCCCUAGUGCCCUUCUCCCGUCUCCGAGUGAACGCUUCGCUCCCUAAUCAGUUUUUCUUCUCAUAUGUCACUGCAGAAAUCUACGUGCGCAGUGUUCCGCACUUUGGUGACUGGUCGGAGCCCGUCGACUCUGGGACAGCCAAUGGCAGCAAGUUCAGAUGGACAUGCUCCAAUUCUAUCUACUGGACCUACGUCAACAAAACCGAAAUCGUCUCACUGCCUUGA